AAAGCAAACGAAGAUCGGAGAGACGUAGAGGUGAGGAGGUCAGCUGCGUGAAGGUGAAACUCAAAAGAAAUUCUCAAGUUCUUAUCAUUUUCCGCUUUUUCUCGUUCAUGUCAUCGGUGUAGUAAACGAUAAAAAAGAUCAUAUGAAAAUGGCAGUUGACGACGAUGGCGAUGUUCUCCCCGACCGGGAUGCAGCAAAGGGAUUCUACGCCAAGUACGAGCCCAAGGAAGUACUUGGACGUGGUGGUUGUUCUGUUGUCAGGCGCUGCAUUGAGAAAGAAACAGGUCAACAAUUUGCUGCCAAGAUCAUUGACCUGAGUGACUCCUCCAACGAUGGGGUAUACGAAGCCACAAUGCGAGAGGUGGAGGUAUUGCGUCUGGUAGCUGGACACCCAUACAUCAUUGAACUCCAUGAUGUAUUUGAGUCGUCUACUUUCAUCUUCCUGGUGUUUGAAUUAUGUGAGCAUGGAGAACUUUUCGAUCAUCUGACAACUGUUGUCACCCUCUCAGAGAAGAAAACAAAAGUGAUUAUGCGACAACUGCUCGAGGCCCUUGCACAUGUCCACGGCAAGGGGAUUGUACAUCGUGACUUGAAGCCAGAAAAUAUUCUCCUAGAUGAUAACUACAAUAUUAAACUUACAGACUUUGGUUUUGCGAAGGUCUUAGCCCCCAGUGAAACACUCACAGAUGUUUGUGGUACGCCAGGUUACUUGGCUCCAGAAGUCCUUCGCGUUGCCAUGUUUGAGGGCUCUCCGGGAUACUGGUGUGCUGUUGAUCUAUGGGCAUGUGGUGUAAUAAUGUACACUCUCUUGGUUGGUUGUCCACCAUUCUGGCAUCGAAAACAAAUGGUGAUGAUUCGUAAUAUAAUGGAAGGGAAGUAUUCCUUCCAGUCUCCGGAGUGGGAUGAUAUCACAGAUGCCCCAAAGGACCUCAUAUCGAAACUCCUGGUCGUGGAACCAUCAAAGCGCAUCACUGUCCAAGAAGCCCUAGCCCAUGACUUUUUCCAGAUUCUGCCUAGCCGGAGUCAAAUUAUUGGGGUCACUCUGGUGGAAAAGCAAUACAAAGGCCGUCCGUUCAAUGCCAAGAAGAUGUUCCAGUUUGGCAUCAUGUGUGUGCGUGCAGUGAUUCGAAUCCAAAGACUUCGUUUUACACCCGAACCUGUGUCUCUCGCCGUCACCCGGGUUGAUCCAUAUAGGAUUAAGGCUCUACGCAAGGUUAUUGACAACUGCGCCUUCCGUGUUUAUGGCCAUUGGGUGAAGAAAGGAGAGGGACAGGACCGUGCUGCACUUUUCCAGAACUACCCCAAGCUCGAUUUUCCUCGCAGUCCAAUGGAAGCUCCCCUCAUUGUUGGCCAGUCGUAAAGGGAAAACAUGUUAUAUCAAAGAUCAUCACUUUUGUAGCAUAUAUUUUAUCUUGUACUUUACUUUGAAAACCUUUAAUGGUAGGAGAUCAGAAAUUUCACUUGGACAUAAAGAAAAGGUUCUCUUCAUUUGCAGCUCUUGAGAAAUUACUUUUGGUUAUUUUUAAUGACUCUGCAGAUGUGGCUCUUUGCCAGAUGUCUGUUGUGUGUCAUAUUUUAUUAACAUAAAAUAUUUUUUAAGUUAACCUUCUUUCAAGCCUCUUUUUAGGAAGCAGAUGAUUUUUAACCUCUCUUUCUCUUUUUUUUAUUAUCUGCCUCAAAAGUAAGGCAGUAGCACAAGCAUUGAUAUCACUUACAUGACCUUAGUAACGUGUUUUAUCAGAGGAAUUAAUUUUAAUAUGUAUAUAUACAUACUACACAGUUACAUGUACAUUAAAUAGGAAAAGGAUUCUCAUAUGAUUGGAGUGGUGAAAAGAUAACAACUAUAGAAAUAGUGGGACUUUGUAAAAUUUAUUCAUGACAGCAAUAAUGAUGUAUUGUGAUUGAUUUUUAAAGCUGAUUGAUUUCUAUUUUACCGGAAUUGUUUGAGUUGUAAGUGAGAAGAAUACCCGAGGCUUAAGGAUGUCUAUGCAAAAUCUAGUUAUAUGAAUUUUGAUGCAGCAAUGCUAAUUUGGUUCGUUUUAUUGUAUUUUUGUACAUAGUAUAGGAUGUAUGGCAUUACCUUUUGCCUUUUUGGGGGAAAAUUGCAAGAUUUGUGAUGGCAUUUGGAUAGCAAUAUUGAUCAAUUUUUUUUUUGUUAUUUUAAGACAUGAUUUGAAAUACUCUUAACUCUGCUCUUUGAAGUGUUACUUGAGUCUUUAAGUUAUUGUUACUGAAUGUUAUUGAUAUUAUUAUUUAUCCAUUUAUUUUUGUUUAAGAUUAUUAAUAAUUUUAAAAGAAGAAUUCCAUGAAAGCUUUUUUUUUCAUUUCUAUAGAAUUUUUAUUAAUAAUUUUAAAAGAAGAAUUCCAUAAAAGCUUUUUUUUUUUAUUUCUAUAGAAUUUUUAAAGAAUUAUGUAUCCAUUGUAACAUGAUUAGUCUGUCUUUACAUUUCUUAGUUUGUAUUUUCUUCAUAGAGUAUUAUUGAUAGUAUUAUCCAAUAAUCUACCUAAUUCAUAAAUAUAAACGUCCAUUUAAAGGCUUCUGUUUAGAAAACUAGAAAAUCAUAUGGUUUUGUUAUUAAUAUAAUGUUGUUGAGUGGGUUUAAUGCUCUUUUCCCUAGAUGUUUUAUUUAUCAUUUAGUAUUAUCAUUGUUUUUUUUAAUAUUAGUUAGAAACAUUUUUUUUGUCAUCUGAUGCUUGUGUUACUUAAACUUUUUUCUCCUAUUUCUUAUUUAUGAUUUAUUAUCUUGUUUUAUUUCAGUGGCACAAAGGAAUCCAGUCAUAUUUGAAUUUAUGUUAUCACAUUCCUUGCCUCAUACAUUUAAGAUUUAAGGAAAGUUGAAGCUUCAUUCUUACCCAUCCUUGCCUUACGUCCCUUACCCUCUCUCCCUUUUACCCCCUUUGCUCCCUUUAUUGUCAUUAAAUAAUGGUAAGCUUUAUUUAUUAGUAAUCUAAAAAAGUGUUUUACAUUUUAAGAACAUACCUGAAAGCCAUGAUUUUUUUUUUUUUUUAUUGUAUUAUAAUUUUAGAACUGUGGUCAUGGUAUUGACUUCCUUCGAUAAGCAGGAUCCAUUAUGCUUCAAACAGAACCAAGUCUUUGUACAGUUUCACUAUCACUAUUUUCUUUAGUGAACAUUAUUGAAUAAUGUGUAUGCAUAAUCACAUCUUUCUCUGCAGUGAGAGUAAGUGCUAAUGGAAGAUUAUGAUAAUACAAAGAAUUGCAUUGCAUGGACAAGAAUAUCACAUUAAUGAUAACUGAUUUAGACAGGAAUUACUUUAAGUUGAUUAAGUGAGUUUUUUUAUUGAUUGAAGUGAUAGUAUAUAUUUUGAAAAUAAAUGUUUUGAUCGACAGCAAUGAUCUUUAUGUUUGAUUAAAUGAUUUACAUUUUUGACAAGGAUUUGCAUAAUAUGUUUUCUGAGAAUUCAUUUUAAGGACAAAAUGUACAACCUUUUAAUUGUAUUUUAUUAUUAUUAUUAUUUUUAUUUUUAUUAUCAUCAUCAUCAUCAUUAUUGUUAUUAUCAUUAUUAUUUUUAUCAUUAUCACCAGUACCAUCAUUGUUAUGGUUAUCAUUUUUAUAUUUUAGACUUGAAUGCAUGUGAUAGUAUUAAGAAGUUCUGCAAUGAUAAAAUACUAUGAGUUGGACCUCUGCAGUUGCUUCCAUGAAUUGAUAUUUUUACAAAAAAAAAGAAAGAAAAAUAUAUUGCUUUUGGCUGUCAGUGUCAGGAAAAAAGAGAAGUAAAAAAUAUAUCAAUAAAUGCUUCUUAUAAAUGUUUCACACUUCAUAGUAUGCACAAACUUUUCAGGGAAUGCAUGCUUUAAGUAAAGACAAGCAGUAGUGAUGCAAAAAAAAUGAAACUACAAGAUAUAUUUACCAAAGGGCAGAUGUGCAGAUGUUUUCAUUAUUUAAGACAGUGGAUAUUGAACAUUUGAAAUCAUGUUGAAUGGUCUCCCACAUUUUGUUUAAUAUGUAUAUAGAAUCUCAUGUCAAAUUGUUCUGCAGUAGAUGUUCCAGCUGGUAGAGAAAAUGUAGUUUUCAGUUUACUGUAACGUUUAUAUUUUUUAUUGUUUUUAUCUUAAUUAUUAUGAACAUUAUAUGGUAAUAGGACUUUCAAGGUCAUCAUUUUUUUGUUAUUAUUAUCAUGAUUAGCAAUAUUAUUAUUGUUAGCAUUAUUAUUGCAACUAAAAUUGACAUAAUUAUUUUGACUAACACUAGAAAUGGUAUUUUGCUCAUUGAUGUAUAAUAUUCAUCACUAUUACUAUAUUGCAACAUAUUAUUUUAUGUUUUAAUUAUAUUUUCAUUAUUUUUACAAAUAGCGUUACCAUACUACUGCUGUAAGAACUAUGAUUUUUGCAAUGACUAUGAAUGUAUCAGUAUUUUCUGAGUCAAUGAUAUUCUAGUCCCUUAUUAAGGAUCAUCUUCAGAUGAUUGUUUGUGAUUUUAAUAAACAUACUUCAUGU